GUGUGUUAGUGUGAUUGUGUGUUUGUGUGUUUUAGUGUUCAGGACCACAGCUGCUGCUGAGGAAGAGGAGGAAGAGGAGGAAGAGUCGUGAACGUGAGGAGGAAGCUGCGCUCUGCCACCGGAGGAAGAAGACGGGCAGGAUUCAAACAGGUGUCCGGUGGUUUCCCAUCAGCCCCGGGCCGGAGCAGGAGGAGCAGAGAGGAGGUGGCACCAGAAACCAGGAGGCAGGAAGGAGACUAAUGUUUGUAACCGUGCGCUGCUCCUGCUCAGAAGAUCGGACAGGACAACCGGGUUAAAAGCCGGUGGGACAGGAGCAGGAGAGGAGGACAGGACAGGGCAGGACAGGACAGGAGGAGGAGAAGAAGAGGACAGGAGGAGGACAGGGGGAGGAGAAGAGGACAGGAGGAGAAAGCCUCACAUCUCUUUUUAUCCUCCCCAAGAGGAGGAGGAGGAGGAAGAGGAAGAGGAGGCGGUGACCGACGUCCCCCACGGGACAGGCCGACAGAGCCACGCUGUUAACAGGUGUGUGUGAGCGGGACGCGGGGCUCCAGUCUGCACCGCCCGGUCCGGUCCGGUCCAACAGCUCCACCCUCCACCGGGUCCAGAGCCUUUGUUCCUCCGGGCGGAGACACGUCCAGCCGGCGCGUUUUCCAUCCGUGUCUCGGUCUGUCCGCAGAUUUCCAUUAGUGCGUAACAGCCGAGGAGGAGGAGGAGGAGGAGGAAGAGGAUUUACUAACCGAACUGGACUUGUUGGUGAAUGGAUGAAAGGUUCGGACUCGUCUUUGUUUGUCAGAGAUCCUUCGUGGGUUAGAGACACUUUGAAUUCAGGCUCUGACACCAAGAGGAGCUGCUGCGGUUCAUCAUGACGACGAGAAGAGGCAGCGGAGUGUCGGACCUGGUCUCCUGCUCCACCUCCUCCACCUCCUCCACCUCCUCCAGCCUCCAGCAGCAGAGCGGCGGCUCCGCUCCUCCGGGGCCCGAGGCGGCGGCCGGAGGGGCGGAGAUGUUCGAGGAGUUCCAGGACUGGUGCCUGCGGACCUACGGGGACUCCGGGAAGACCAAGACCGUGACCCGGCGCAAGUACAACAAGAUCCUGCAGACGCUGCUCCAGCGGGACGAGGAGAACCGCCCCGUGCUCCUCCUGCAGGAGAAGAGCAGCGGACACAUCAACGCCAAGUUCAAGUUCUGGGUCAAGUCCAAAGGGUUCCAGGUCCGAACCGAGGCCCGGAGCCCGGCGGCCAGACCCGUGCUGUACGUGCCCGUCAAGUGUGUGGACAGUGUCUCCGGGCUGGACUCGUCCCUCAAGCGAGUGGCGGUGGUGGAGGACUUCUUCGACAUCAUCUACUCCAUGCACGUGGAGGUCAGCAGCGAUCCGGGCAAAGCCCCCAAACACGCCGGCCAGAAGAAAACCUACAAAGCUAUUGCAGAGACGUACGCCUUCCUGCCCAGAGAGGCGGUGACGCACUUCCUGAUGAGCUGUGGCGAGUGUCAGAAGAGGAUGCACAUCAGCACCACAGGACAAGACUACAAAGAGAACGACAGGCCGAGCUCUCUGGUGUCGGAGGUGAUAGACUACAACAUGCCUCUCACCACCACCUACAUGAAGCAGAUGAAGCUUCAGUACAUGAGCAACAAGGAUGACAGUUCACUGAGCAGCGAGGAGGAGGCAGAGAUGAGCGAGCCCACAUGGCUAACAGCUGAUCUGGGAGCAGCGUCUGACCUGAGCCCGCCGAGCCGAGCAGAGAGGAUGCGCCACAGCCCGCAGAACGCACACAUGAAGGAGGACGACGAUGAUUCCUCGUCUGAGAGCGGCAGCGGCAGCGGCCUGCCCGCGCUGACCCCUCCCUCCUCUGCCGUGUGCGAUGGCGCCAUCGUCAGGGAAACCAAGAUAGUCAAUGGCAACGGUGGCGUCGUUCCUCUUGACUUCAGCACGCCGACCUCCUCUUCUUCGUCGUCCGAGGACCAGCAGCCCAUCAACCUGAGCGACGCGCCCCCCCAGCGCCUGCCCCUGGCCACCUCGCACCUGCCCGUCACGGUGUCGGCAGCGGCAGCGGCCCUGCUCGGCGCUCUGCACCCCAACGCGCCCGAGGAGCUCCGCAGGAAGUUCCCUCUGGCAGCCAAACCGCCUCCACAUCCGGCCCUGCCACUGCCACACACUCCUCACACACACAACGCCAACACUCCCAACACACACUCUCAGGCCCACGCACACACCGCCGAGCUGCGACUGGACCGAGACAGCAGAGACUACGGGGGAAAGUCCCCUCAGUACAGUUCGGGCGGCAGCUACGACAGCGUGAAGAUGGACCUGAGCGCCGAGGACCUGACCAUGGGGCGUCACGGCAGCCAGGUCGCCCCGGACGACGACGACGACGACCACGAUGACCACGAUGACAACGACAAGAUCACAGAGGGAGUGGAUCCCGAGCGACUAAAGGCCUUUAACAUGUUUGUGCGUCUGUUUGUGGACGAGAACCUGGAUCGGAUGGUUCCCAUCUCCAAACAGCCCAAGGAGAAGAUCCAGGCCAUCAUCGAGUCCUGCAGCCGGCAGUUCCCCGAGUUCCAGGAACGCGCUCGUAAGCGCAUCCGCACCUACCUCAAAUCCUGCCGACGCAUGAAGAAGAACGGCAUGGAGACUCGUCCCACUCCACCUCACCUCACCUCAGCCAUGGCCGAGAACAUCCUGGCGUCCGCCUGCGAGAACGAAUCACGCAACGCUGCCAAGAGGAUGCGUCUGGAAGCCUAUCACGAUGAGCAGAUCUCUCCGGAGAAGCCGUCCAGCGGCAGCGGAGGUCUGAGGGAGCCGGCGUCCCUCGCUCACUUCUCCCUGGCCGCCUCCGCCUUCUCCUCACAGGACGCUCAGCUCUACAUCAACGGAGCUGGCUUGAGCUAUGGUUACCGUGGAUACCCAGGCCUGGGCGCUGCCAUGCCACACCCCCUGACGACCAGCGGCGCUGCUCAGGGCAACGGCCCCACAGACCUCAGCAUGAAGUCCCUCUCCUCCGCCAACAUCACUAACUCCGCCUCUUCCGCCGCCGUCAACAGCCUGGCUGGGCGGGGCAGCGGGGGUGCUGGAGGGGGCGGGGCCUCCACCCAGCUCAGCCAACCGGAGAUCACAGCCGUGCGUCAGCUAAUCGCCGGCUACCGGGAGUCGGCUGCCUUCCUGCUGCGGUCAGCAGAUGAGCUGGAGAACCUCAUCCUGCAGCAGAACUGAUUCAUGGGAAGCACGCACACACACACACACACACACACACACACACACACACACACACACACACACACACACUUUGUUUUGCGUCCGCCUGUCGCUCCUCUCUGGAGCCGAACACAAGACUUUAUCGUGUUCCUGCUCCUCCCUCCUGAAAUCCUUUUCUCCUCAUUUGCCUUUUCUCCUGAAACUUUUCUCCACUUCUCGUUUUGAAGAAAAAGUGGGACGGGCGGGGGGGCAACCAAUCCCGGCCCAGCCCUCCAAAAAUCAAACAAUCCACCAACAACCUCGAUAAAUCAAUUCUGCCUGAGGAGGGGGAGGUUUUGUUUUAAGGAAAAGGAGAUGAGCCGUCGGACAGAAUCUGCUCCUCUGUGGAAGCACCUCACAAUCAGCUCCUCACUCCGAGCCAAGGAGUGAGGAGGAGAGAGGAGGAGGAGGAAGGAGGAGGAGGAGGAGGAAGAGGAGUGAAGAAAGAACAGACUUUGUCUUUUCUGUGAAGCUCGACCCAGUGGGGGUUUGAUUGACGGGUGCCCCGGCCAACACUGUCUUACGAUCGUAACAAUUUAAAAAAUAACACGACUCCCUGAAGUAGUUCUGAAGGAGUUUACUAAACGACUUUUCUGCGACUGAAGAUUUCAUUUUUUUGUGGGGGGGGCGUCCAGUGAGCAUUUUAUUUUCUGUUUUCCAGGUUUUUUUCUCAAGUGACUGAAAGAAGCGUUUUGACUUUUCUUAAAAAACUAAACCCGGGACAGACGCUGCGUCUGGGGCCGGAGGCGAGUGGAGAAGAAAUCAGAUAAAAAAAGUUGUUUCUUUGGUUUUAAAUGAAAAAAAGAAAAAUACGGAGGAGGAGAGAAAUUCUUUUUCUGUGCUCGCUUGUAAAUAAGCUCUUUGUGUCCGAUAGCACUUUCCCCUCAGCCUCUUUAAUCCUCACCCCUUUUAACCAGGGAGCUACUUGCUACUUAUGCAUCCAAGACGCCAUGUUGACCACCAGGAAAUACCUCAGACCUGCCAAUCACACACACACACACACACACACACACACACACAGCCAGUUUACUUCUUCACCACCUGAUGUCUUCAGGGUUUGUACAUUUCGUGGCAGGAGAAUCAAACUAUGUUGUCAAAGCGACGACGCAGUUCAAGAGCUGAUGGUGUGAAACGUUUCUCACACUGAAAUCUUUUUGUUCACCUGUUUGUUCGCUGCUGUAAAUAAUCAGCUCAUCUUGAAAAACUUGAGAAGAAGCCGAGCGGAAGUUUGACGAGGAGGAGACGAGACAGACUGAGGGUGUGUGUGUCUGUGUGAGUGUGUGUGUGUGUCUGUGUGAGAGUGUGUGUGUGGAUAUAAACGCCAACAAAACCUCAGCAUCACUCUUCUUCUCCUCCUCCUCCUCCUCCUCUCUAUUGGACCUAUUCUACACUUCUUCUUCAUGGACCUAAACAUCCUCCUCUUCCUCUGCUCCAGGUAUCAGAGGAAGAGGAGGACUGCUCUGUCUUACUGUGUUUGUCUGAGAUGGCCAUUACUGAUAUUAUUGUUCUCAUUAUGAUGAUGAACUCUCAUGUUGCUGCUGCUAUACAAAGCCGGACCUUCUGCCAUAGACCUGAAACCUCAACACAGGCGGGUGUUUGCUCGCCGCGGUGCCCCGUGAACCCGACUGAACGACCUCCUGCGGCCUCGGCUGCGACUUCAGCUCGACCACAACAAAGCAAAAACAAGUCAAAGACUCGCAGGAGAACGUAGAACUUUGGUGAAAGCUCCUGUUCAGUGUCUCCGCGCUCUCAGACCGCUUGGAUGACGUCUCUGUUUUUGCUUCACAGGGCUCGAUUAAUGUUAAUUCAUGUUUUUGUGGCUUUCUCUCUGUGGAUUCUCUCUUUGUUUUCAUUUCUUCCCACGUUUCCAUCCUGCGGAGGCCGUCGGGAGGCGAGUGUCAGCAAAGUGCUGCACACUCACCACAGCCCUCCACAUCCGGCCGACAGGUUUCAAACACACGAGGAUUCUGUGUUGGAAGCACAUCAAAUAUGUUUUGGAUCAAAAGAGUCUGAAGUGGUGAAGUGCUGCAGAGAACUGAGCGUUAAUGCUUCAUUAUUAUUCAGCCAUGUUGUUUUACACCAUAUGAAGGUUUUUUUUGUCUUAUCAAACUAGUGGGAGCUUGAAAAUCAUAUUUCCUGGGAACCUGUUGGCUCCCACAGGCCUCUACCUGUUGCUGAAGGUGCUAAUUCACAUUUGGAGAAAAACUGUUAGCUCGUUUGUUUUCUUGCUGAAAUGUAGAUGAGCAUCACUUUACUGUCUGUGCUGUGAAUGAAGGCUUGUUUAGCCUGUUAGCUUAGCAUAAAGACUGGAAACAGAGGACGCUGCUGCCGUGACUCUAUGAAAUCUGAAAAAAGGCCAAAGUGAAAUAUUUUUGCAUGUAUGUGACGGACAAGAAAUUGUUUGGCACCAGAUGCAUCCCAUAAGAUACAAUAAUUUAGCUAGGCUAGGCUAGGCUAGGCUAGGCUAGGGGUUUUCCUCUGUUCUUCCUCUUCAUGCUAAGCUAAGCCUCAUAUUCACCCUACAGACCAUAGACUGUAAAUAUAGAUGGUUGACGCUUCUAAUUAAAACCAAAAAUGAAGACUUGAACAAACAUC